AUGACAGAACCAGCAGAGAUCGAUAAUGGCAUAUUCGAUCCGAACCCCGAAAACAUUGAAAGCGGCAACGAGGAUGGCUUAGGCAAAGCCGAUAUCGAGCGACUCGGUCGCCAACGGCCCGAAACCCUUGCUAACUUGGCGGCCGAGGUCGGAUUCGUUUUUGCGGUGAUCGCCUCACUAUCCAUGAGCGAGUAUUUCAUCAGUGGUUUCAACAUCGUGCUACCCGCUAUCGCCGAAGCACUGGAAAUCCCGGAAGCGCAACGCACAUGGCCAGCCGGAGUGAUCAAUCUAACCACUGCCGCUUUACUCCUUCCGUUCGCUCGGCUCUGCGCGCAGUAUGGAGGUCGCAUCGUGUUUCUGAUCGGCCACAUCUGGCUCCUGAUCUGGUCUAUCGUCUGCGGGUUUAGCAAGAACCCCACAAUGUUAAUAGUGAGCCGAGCUAUGCAAGGUAUAGGAGCCGCCGCCUUCCUCCCCGCCGGCCUCGCGCUCCUAGGACAGACAUAUCGGCCCGGUCCCCGAAAGAACCUCGUCUUCUGUCUGUAUGGCGCGGCAGCUUGUAUAGGGUUCUAUUUUGGUAUUAUCAUGGGUGCUCUCACAGGCCAGCUCGCGAAUUGGACCGUGUACUUUUGGGUUGGAUCGGCGUUCGCCUUCCUCGUUGUCGUUACCGGUUUCUUCACUAUUCCCCGACAUCUCCAUCAUGACUCAACGGAUAUACGUAUGGAUUGGUGGGGCGUAUGCACAAUUGUGCCUGGGCUGACAUUAGUCGUCUUCGCACUCACGGAUGGCGGUAGCGCUCCGGAUGGCUGGCGUACGCCUUAUAUCUAUAUCACUUUUGUGGUCGGCGCGCUCUUGCUCUGUGCUGCGGUGUACGUACAGGGUUGGGUGUCAGCUCAACCGUUACUACCAGCCGACCUGUUCCGCCCGAAAUAUAUGAAACGCGUUUCUACUUUCAUAUUCUGUGGAUUUGGCGUGUUCGCGAUCUUUUUAUUCUAUUCGAGUUUUUAUAUCGAAGAGGUUCUACACGCUACCCCCUUACAAACCGCUGCAUGGUUCAUUCCCCUUGCCGCGGGAGGCUUCAUCAUCGCAAUGACAGGAGGAUUCGUGUUACACAUAUUCUCGGGGCAAAUCUUGCUGAUUAUCUCGGGCUUGGGCUACGUCAUCUGCGUACUGCUCUUCCCCUUAAUACCAGCACAAGACGGACCGGACAAAUUAUCGAGCAGUCACAUCUACUGGGCAUACAUAUUCCCAUCCAUGAUAUGCGGUACUAUUGGAAUCGAUAUCACGUACAAUGUGACGAACGUAUUUGCCACGACAGCCAUGCCUCGACGUCUCCAAGCGACCGCUGCCGGGUGGAUUAUCAGUCUCGGAUACCUCGGUAUGGCAUUCUGGCUUGGUGUCGCCGAGCUAGCUAUAUCAUCAUGGUCUCGUUCUCAUGCAGAUGAGAACCCCACUCUCCGCGAACGAUACCAAAUCGGAUUCUGGACUGGUCUCGGACUUGCCGGAGUUACCUUAGCUUGCGCUGUGACGGCGCGUAUCGGUCAAGCAGCAGCUGAAUUGACAGCGGAUGAAAAGGAUGAAAUGAAACAUAACGAGGCCGAAUCAUAG